AUGGAUUACAUGGAAGGGGGGAAAUUAUUCAGGAGAUCCAGUAACUGGAAAAUGAAUAAGGGCAAGAUUUUCAAGUUGGCUAAGGGAUUUAGAGGAAGGGCGAAGAAUUGCAUAAGGAUAGCAAGGGAGAGGGUCGAGAAAGCCUUGCAAUAUUCGUACAGGGACAGGCAUAACAAGAAGAGGGAUAUGAGAUCCCUUUGGAUUGAGCGCAUCAAUUCUGGUACACGGUUGCACGGGGUGAAUUAUGGCAAAUUUAUGCACGGAUUAAUGAAGGAGAACAUCCAACUCAAUAGGAAGGUGCUCUCAGAGCUGUCGAUGCAUGAACCUUACAGCUUCAAGGCGCUUGUUGAUGUAUCCCGCACAUCAUUUCCAGGGAACAGGCCUGUCAAAAAGGAGGGUCUAGCAGCUAUCCUGUGA